AUGGGCUGGAGCUGGGCCGCGGCGCUGGUGCAGGCGGCGAACGGGGAGCUGCUGCCAGCUGGUCCGCAAGUGGCCCGCCGCUGGAUCUGCAAUCGCCGCUGCGCGCCUGCGGUCGCCGGGCGUGAGCCCGCUGCUCUCCUGUGCAUCGACAAUUUCGCCUCGCUGGGGACCGUAAAGGAGACAGUCCAGCUCGACGGCGACUCGAUGGAGAGGCAGCUGAGGGGACGCGGUCUGACUACUCACGACAUCUCGGGGCCGCAAGUUGACGUGGACCUGCUCGGGUUCCACAUCGACGGGGCGAGGGGGGCGAUUCGCAUCGCGCCCGAGCGGUUCUGGAGGCCGGUCAUGAGUCUGGACUACAUCCUGAAGCACUCCCUCCUGACGGGAGCCGAGCUAGAGCGGCUGAUCGGGCAUUUGACGCACGUGCUGCUGCUGCGGCGCGAGGUGCUCAGCUUGCUCAGUGCAUCCUACGUCUUUGUCAGCAAGUGCUACACUCGGCGCGUGCGGCUCUGGCCUUCGGUGCGCCGAGAGCUGACCUGGAUGCGAGCGCUGCUGCCGCUGGCGUGGGCGGAUCUGCGCGGCGCCUGGGCCCCCAGCGCGAUGGCCGUGGACGCCUCGAUGACUGGCUUGGGCGCGGUGGGGCGCUCCGCGGACCCACGCGACGUCGGGCGCGUCGGCCGAGAUAGAGAGCGCUGGAGGUUCAAGGAGCACGAGCUGGUGGCCGAAGGCGCCGUCGGCGACUCCCCGUUCCCCGACGUGCCGUCGGACUUCUGCAAGGGCGAGGCGCUGCUGUGGGCCAUGCGGCGGCAGGCGAGGGCCAUUGCCAAACGCCCCCGGUCGACAGCCUUGCCGUGGCACCGCCUCCUGGGCUCGAGCGUGUCAGGACUGGAGCUGGAGGCGGUGAGGCCCUCUACUCAGCAGAACUACCUGAAGUGCCUCAGUGGCCUCUGCAACUGGCUCGGAGCGGAGACGCUGCCCAGCUGGAGCGCGCUGGAGUGGGACGACGCACUGCUGCAGUACCUGAACGACGAGUUCGCGCGGGGAGCGCGGCCGAACAGGGCUGCGAAGCUGUUGUCGGCGGUGCUCUGGGCGCGACCGGCGCUGGGGCGGCCCCUGCGGGUGGUGUUGCCGAGGAGCAGCCGGGCGCUGCUGGGCUGGAUGCGCAAGCGGCCUGGCCACUCUCGGCCGCCGCUCUCUUGGCUGGUGCUCUGCGGCGUGCUGGAGCUCCUGCUGCUGAAGCGGGAGGUGGCGAUGGCGUGCGCUCUCUGCCUCAUGUUCCACUGCCACCUUCGGCCCGGAGAGCUCCUGGCGAUGAAGGCGUUUCAGCUGGUGCCGCCGGCGGCCAGGCUGCAGGGCGGGUUUCGCUGGUGGACGCUGCUGCUUCAUCCAGAGGAGCUGCUGGUGCCCAGCAAGACUGGCGAGCUGGGCGACUCGCUGCCGCUGGGCGCGCCCGAGCUCCAAUGGCUUACCCCCGCGCUCAGGAAUCUGAAGGCCCGGUUGGAGCCCCGCGAGCCGCUGUGGAGUUUCGGCUACGCGCAGCUGCGCGAGGAGCUCGAGAACGCGCUGGCGGCGCUGGGACUUCAAAGCCUCGGCGCCACGCUGCGCUGCCGACGGUACGAGAAGCACGGCCGCCUGGCGCUGCAAGUGGCGAAGGUGCCGCCCGUGGUGCAGGAGCGGCUGCGACUCAGCAUGCAGAGGCUGCCGCAGCUGUUCGCCAGCUGCUCAACGCGACGCUCCACAGGGUGCGCCUGGGGCGAGAUAGGGACAGGUAGCAAGGGCCCAGUCUGCGCGGUGGCCCGACGGGGGCAGCGAAGACUCAAGGAGCCUUCGACGUGCACUGGGCUGAAGCUUGGACAGCUCGUCGAGCACACUGCCGAGCGCGCGAAAAGCCAGCCUGCCGCGCAGGAGGUGCGCGGGCACGACGGCUGCGCUGGAGCGGUCUACCGCCGCCGCCUCUGCAGACGCAGCGGCCUGCUCCUGCCCGCCCUCUGCGGCGAGAGCAGCCAGCGCGGAUCGGCGAUCCCGGCCCAGCAGGACGCGGAAGGGCAGUGCCUGGGGCUGGAGCUGGGGAGCGCCGCGCGCUACUCAGGGCAAGUGCUCCUGGCGCUGGCCCACCUGCACGAGGCGCACCACGUGGUGUACCGCGACAUGAAGCCGGAGAACGUGCUGCUUCAUCUGGACAGCGACAGCGCCAAGCUCGCGGACUUCGGCUCCGCCAAGUUCGUCGGCGGCAGCGCAGGCCCCAAGGGAGCUCCAAGUGGAGAGGUCAGUCGGGACGCGAACAUCGACGUGCUGUCACAGGGGAUAGGCUUCACGGUCGGUUUCGAAGCCGAGAAGGCGAGGCAGCGAAAGUCAAUGAAGAACGAGACGGCCUGGGGCGGUCACCGAGCGCUGCCGCGGUGCGGGCCCCGCAGCGUGCACCCACGGCAGCACUGCUUCGCCAACGUCGGCGGUGUGCGCCGCCUGGGCCGCUCGCUGCGGCCGCGCGCGCGCGCAGCAUCCGAUUGGCCCGUGCAGGUCGGCGCGCCCGAGGUGCAGUGCUCCUGCCGCGGCGGCGCCUGCGCGCUUGCGCGCCUCGGCGUCGCGCUGCGGCCUCGCUCGGCUCUGGCUGCAGAGAGCUCCUGCGGGGGCCUGCUGUUCCCGCUGUUUGGCGACGCGGAGCAGCGCGGGAGCCAGGAGCUGCGCGCCCUGCUGUACCUGGCGGCCCUUCUCUACGUGUUCCAGGGAGUGGCCGUUGUGUCGGACUACUUCAUGAGCGCGGUCGAGGUGAUCACCAGCAAGAAGGCGCGCGUGCAGACCGCCCAGGGCCGCUGGGUGACCAGUGAGCAGUGGAACGGCACAGUGGCCAACCUGACGCUGCUGGCAUUGGGGUCGUCUGCUCCUGAGAUCCUGCUGUCUUGCAUAGAGCUGAUGAAGGACGAGGGCUUCAGCGGGAAGCUGGGCCCAUCGACCAUCGUAGGAUCGGCGGCGUUCAAUUUGUUCGUGAUCGUCGGGGUCUGCAUCGCGGCUAUCCCGAACCCGGCCGAUCACCGGGCCAUCGCGGAGAUGGCGGUGUACCAUGUCACGAUGAUUUUUUCGUUAUUCGCGUAUUUCUGGCUCUGGUUCAUCGUGGCCGUCUCUUCAGCAGAUGUCGUGCAGCCUUGGGAGGCCGGCGUCGCCCUCCUGAUGUUUCCGGUGUUGGUGUUCGUCUCUUGGCUGGCCGACAAGGGGCAUAUGCCCUUCAUCGCCAUGGAUCCUCUGCCGACCGUUGACGACGGCACCGAACACUACCUGUUUAAGCAUGCUCGAGUUCGAUUAUCUGAGCUCCACCGUGUAGGUACCUUGGAGUUUGAGCGUGCUGAUCGAAAGACUGUGAAGCGGUGGAAGGAGUCGCCGCAAGUGGACGGGGAUGCCGUCGAUGAUAGUAUACUUCCAUAUAGAGAUCCGUCAGGGAGGGGCAUCAUAGACCACGCGACGGGCAAGCUCCUCUGCAGCGGCUGUGGCAUUCUCGCUUUCAGGAGCGACGUCGAGCAGACAACGGCGACGUGCAACAGCAGGCAUCCGUUCAGCGUGGACGUCCUGCGCCGGAAUGGCACCAGCGGCAGAGUGAGGUGUCAGUUCCGGACAGAGGGCCUGAGUGCCAUCCCGGCCCACGAUUUUAUACCCAAGAAGGGCACGUUGGAGUUUGGACCCGGUGAAGACAUAAAGAAGAUCAUCAUCGAGAUCCUCGGCAAGAGGAUCGGCGAGCGGGAUGACACAUUUCAGCUUGUGCUCAGCGACAUUGUGACAGAGGAUGAAGUUUCAGACGACGGAGCCCACUUUAACCCUUACGACGAUGGCGGCCGUGACAAGGCAAUAUGUACGAUCACGAUCGCGAACGGCAACGAAGACAAAACAACGUCCUUAAUGGAGAGGUUCAUAGACGUAGACAAUUUCAAGGUAGGACUGGAGGCAUGGUCUGAGCAGAUAAAGAUUGCGAGUUCCGUAGAGGGCGACGCAGGCAACGAGGAGGAGGACGAGGCCGAGGAGGCUCAGAGACCAUCCGUAAAGGACCUAGCGAUACAUGUUGUGACGUUGCCCUGGAAGAUGCUGUUCGCGUUGCUGUGCCCCCCGAGCAACUGGUGUGGUGGUUGGCUGCUCUUUGGAAUGUCGCUGAUCUACAUUGGCGCCUGUACGGCGCUUGUGAUCGACCUGGCGUCUUUCUUCGGUUGUUGUGCUGAGAUCUCUCAGGAGGUCACGGCAGUGACCAUUGUGGCGCUGGGCACCUCCUUGCCCGACACUUUCGCGUCGGUCACUGCCGCGCAGGAAGACGAGCACGCGGACGCGUCCAUCGUGAACGUCACGGGCAGUAACUCCGUGAACGUGUUCCUCGGUAUUGGCUUGCCGUGGACGAUCGCGUCCAUCUUCUGGACCACGUCGUGGGGUGCCACGGACGAGUGGAAGCGGGCCUACCCUGACAUGAUCGGCAAGCAUCCAGACGGCGCCUUUGUUGUGAAGGUGGCAGCAGGGCGGACCAGGCGUUUCGGACUACGUCUGCUUCCUGGUUGUGAUCCUGGAGCGUGA